AUGGCAACUCAGGGUCUGCUCGCCCUGUGGCUUACAGCUGCCGUUCUGGCACAUGGUGACCAUGAGCAUCAAAAGAACAUGGCCGGGCCUCACAAAUCUCUGUGGUACAACACCUUGCCAGGCGAUGGAGGGACUCAGGCGGACUCUGUCUUCUCUGGCAUCUCAACCUUUGGGCGCCUUCCUUAUCUUCCUUGUCUCUUUCACAAGGACAUUGACUAUGACAUCGCUUUCAUUGGCGCUCCCUUCGACACGGGCACGUCCUACCGUCCCGGCGCUAGGUUCGGCCCCUCCGGCAUCCGGCAGGGUUCAAGAAGGCUCAACCUCUACGGCGGCUACAACGUCCCCCUCGACACAAACCCCUUCAACUCCUGGGCCAAAGUCAUAGACUGCGGCGACAUCCCGGUGACAUCCUACGACAACACCUACGCCCUCCACCAAAUUGAAAACGGCCACUUCUCCAUCCUCUCCCGCCCCCCAACCACGGACGCCACCAAACCCGGCCCCUCCCUCAAAGGCAAGACCCUCCCGAGAGUGAUCACCCUUGGAGGCGACCACACCAUCACACUCCCCCUUUUACGUUCUAUCAAUCGCGCCUACGGCCCCGUGACAGUCAUCCACUUUGACUCCCACCUCGACACCUGGAAGCCAAAGGUAUUCGGCGGCUCGCCUUCGGAAACGGCCUCCAUCAACCACGGAACGUAUUUCUACCACGCGGCACAGGAGGGCCUUUUGCGAAACGACACAAACAUCCACGCGGGAAUCCGCACAACUCUUUCGGGGCCGAGUGAUUAUGAGAACGAUGGCUAUUGCGGCUUCGAGAUUGUGGAGGCGAGGGAGAUUGACACUAUAGGGACGGAGGGAAUCAUCAAGAAGAUAAGGGAACGGGUCGGGACGAAGAACCCUGUUUAUUUGAGCCUGGAUAUUGAUACGCUUGAUCCGGCUUUUGCGCCUGCCACGGGCACGCCCGAGACGGGGGGUUGGAGCACGAGGGAGUUGAGGACUAUUUUGAGGGGGUUGGAGGGGGUGAAUUUGGUGGGGGCGGAUAUUGUUGAGGUUGCUCCCGCCUAUGAUACCAACGCUGAGCACACCACGAUGGCGGCUGCGGAUGCGCUAUUUGAGAUUAUGAGUAUCAUGGUCAAGAAGGGCCCCCUGAGCGUCCUCGACAUUGACCCCCCUGCAGACGAAGACACAAAGGAUUUGUAA